CAUUUGUUGAUCUGACCGAAGUCAGACAUGACGACUGAACGAUGAUUGAAGUGCAACUGUUAUCUUUAUGUGAUAUAAUGAUUUUAUCUAAUAGAUAAUAACAAAACAAUAAUUUUAGCGAUAACCACACCGAUUUGUGACUCGUUGUUAAUGCGUGUUUUUAUUUAUGUGCAAUUUACUUUUGGACUAUUACAAUGCAUGGUCUGAGAAGAUCAGUUUUUAAUAUUGGAAUUCUGAAUAAAACUUUUACGAGGACAGUUGCGGACAAUACUGCUAUAAAUGACCCAACCGAUAAUGUACAUCUAAAAUCUUGGAAGGAGAUUCCCGGACCGUCGUCGUUGCCAAUCUUAGGACAAAUACAUCAUUUUCUUCCAGGAGGCACUCUAGCAGACAAGGAAGCACUACCAGACACUCUAUUCAGAAAUUAUGGACCAAUUAUCAGAAUGGAUGGAAUAUUUGGUGCACCACCACUUAUAUUUAUAAUUGAUGCUGAAGCUUCAGGGCACAUUCUGCGUAGUGAAAACUGGCUACCAAAACGACCCGGGUUCCACAGUCUAACACAUUAUAGAAAGAUGAUGAAUAAAGACACUCCACACCUACCAACUGGGCUGCUUACUGACGAGGGUGACAUAUGGAAGAACUUUAGAUCUACAGUCAAUCCUAUUUUAUUACAGCCCAAAACAAUAAAAUUAUAUAAAAAUAUUUUAGAAGAGGUUGCUGAUGAUAUGAUUCAAAGGUUCAGAUCAAAACGCAACGAUAAUUAUAUGAUUGACGCAAAGUUUGACGUGGAAAUGAACUUGUGGGCUUUAGAAUCGAUCGGUGUGGUAGCACUGGGUGGUCGACUAAAUUGUCUUGACCCCAGUUUACCUGAAGAUUCCCCAGCAAGGCGGCUCAUUCAAAAUGUUCACGAUAGUUUUGUUAUGUUUGAUAAGUUAGAUUUCAGGCCAAGUUUAUGGAGAUAUGUAGCAACACCAAAUUAUAAAAAGGCUAUGAAGUGCUAUGACGAUCAAUUAAAACUGAGUAAAUAUUUUAUUAAUAAGGCAAUGGAGCAAAAUCAAAAUAACCAGAAAAAAGAUGACAAUGAGAAGGGGGUUCUGGAGAAACUAUUGGAGAUUGAUGAACGUGUAGCAGUUAUAAUGGCUGGAGACAUGCUGUUUGCUGGAGUUGACACUACCGCAAACGUGAUGAUAGCAACGUUGUACUUUUUAGCAAAUAACCAAGAAAAACAGGUGAAACUAAGAGAAGAGAUACAAUCAGACAACGAUCAACAACCUUAUUUGAGAGCAUGUCUUAAAGAAUCGAUGAGGAUGAUGCCUGUCGUUGCAGGAAAUCUAAGAAAAACUACAAAAGAGUACAGCGUGUUGGGGUAUAAAAUACCUAAAGAUAUGUUUGUAACAUUCGGGCAUCAAUAUUUAUCAAACUUGGAUGAACACUACCCCCGUUCUGAAGAAUAUAUCCCCGAGCGAUGGAUUGCAGAGAAAACUGAUCCUUUGUAUCAUGGAAACGCACAUCCCUUUGCUUACAGUCCAUUUGGUUUUGGAGCACGAAGCUGCAUUGGUCGCCGCAUUGCUGAAUUGGAAAUGGAAACAUUUUUGGCCAAAGUGAUAAAAAACUUUAAGCUUGAAUGGACUGGAGGAACGUUAAAGAAACGCAUAUCUGCUUUGAAUUAUAUUAUCGGACCGUUCAACUUUAUAUUUAAAGAUGUUUAAUAAGUUGCAAUAAUUUAAAUUAUUACGAAUUCUGUUAUAUCUUACUUAGUAUUGUAUUUUAAGAAAUUUUAUAUAAUCUUUUGUGUCUAAUUUCUCAGGCUAUAAACAAGCGCCAUA